AUGAGCUCGAGGUUCGAUCCCAUCCCUCUAAGUCUUUGGUCAAACAAUGUCCGAGGGCUGAACGUGUCGGAGCGGAGGUCACAUCUCUUGCAUUCCCUUGGAGCUGCGAGAACAUCCAUCGCAUUCUUGCAAGAGACUCACUUCCGAGGAGAGUCAGCCCCGACACUUAAAGACGCGAGUUUCCCCCAGGGAUACUUCGCCGACCACCAGACCGCCAAAAAAGCUGGGGUGGCAAUAUUGUUUGCCCACACGGUACCGUUCGAAUGUACAAAUAAACUGGCCGACGCCACGGGACGGUUGCUCUUCCUCAAGGGUACUAUAGCAGGCACCACCUACAUGCUAGCCAGCAUCAAUGUCCCAAAUGCCCGACAGCAUAGGUUUCUACGAGGGACCUUACGCACGUUAGAAAGGUUCCAGGAAGGCCUGCUGAUCGUAGCGGGAGACCUGAAUGUGGCCCUUGACCCAAUAGUCGACACAUCUAGAGGGACUAGCUCCAUAUCGACCCACUGCCUACAGUCCAUCCGGACAGAACUGCAUGGUGCCGGCAUAGCGGACUGCAGGAGGGUCCUCCAUCCAACCGGUAGGGACUACUCCUACUUCUCCACGGUACACAAGCACUACAGUAGUCUGGACUAUAUAUUCCUAGCUCAGGAGUUCUUGCCUCUACUCCUCGAUGCGGGGAUCGGUACGCAGGGUUGGUCGGACCACUCCCCCAUCUUAGCAAGCAUUAAGUCCCCAUUAUUCCAACCCAGAGACCGUCAAUGGAGGAUGAACAAAACAAUUCUUAACGAUGGCCCCACGGCUGCGGACAUCCGCGCGGUACUAGUCACAUAUUUUGAGGAGAACGACACCCCUGAAGUGCCCACUUUGACGAUAUGGUAG